AUGUCUUUCCACGUAUUCAGUCCAGCAGUUUCAUUCCAACUUGUCCAUCAGCCACUCUUACUUCCCAGUGAUUUGUGCAGUGCAGUGAUUUUUGUCCCUGUCAAAAGGUUUGCUGAGGUUUCCUCUUUCUCCCACCCAGACCCUCCCACCGUGGAGCCUGUUCACAUGGAGGUCCGUCAGGGCCUGGGGAGACCUGUGGUGAUGACCUGCAGAGUGCUGCGAGCCCACCCAUCUCGAGUGCUGCGGUUCGAGUGGCUGCUCUCGAACCGGCUGCUCCAUGCCGGAGCGUUUGACCCACACAAAGACGAGACGGAGUACACGAUCCGCAGCCUGAAUCGUGAAGGCUGGGGCGAGUACACGUGCAACGUCAUCAAUGAGGCCGGAGCAGGCAAAUGCACGUUUCAGGUUACAGGUAAAGCUUACCCUCCAGAAUUUUACUACGAUACCUACAGUCCACUGUGGCAGAACAGACCCCGAGUCUACGGCUUCAAGCUGCAGUGGACCCAGAUGAACCCUGGUGCUGUGGACCGCAUCGUUGCCUACAGACUCGGGAUCAGACAGGUGGGCUUGCAGCGAUGGUGGGAGCAGGAAAUCCCCGUGGGAGAUACUAUUGGCAAAGGGGAGCUCAUGACACAUAACCUGACUGAGCUGAUAAAACCCGAAUCUUACGAGGUGCGUCUCACUCCCAUCACUCGUUUUGGAGAGGGUGACUCGACCAUCCGGAUCAUCACCUACAGUGCUCCCAUCAACCCUCACCUGAGGGAGUUCCACUGCAGCUUUGAGGAAGAAGCGAUCUGCAUGUUUACUCAGGACAAGAACGAUGAUUUUGAUUGGACAAGGCACAGCGCCGCCACCCGGGACACAAAGUACACACCCAACACUGGCCCCGGCGCCGACCGCACCGGGUCUAAGCAGGGGUUCUACAUGUAUAUUGAGACAUCCAGGCCACGUAAGGAAGGAGACCAGGCCCGGCUCGUAAGCCCCUUUUUCAACAUUGCGCUCAAAAACUCUUACGGCUUGACAAACCCAUCUGCCUACUGCUUUGGAUUCUUUUACCACAUGUAUGGGAAACACAUAGGAACACUUAACGCUUUUCUAAAGCAAAAGGGCCAAGUGACCUUAGAGGCUCCUGUGUGGUCACUAAGUGGUAACCAAGGUGACCGGUGGAAGCAGGCCAAAGUAAGCAUCCAUCCAACGACGUCCUUCCAGAUUGUUCUUGAAGGUAUCCGUGGCCCAGGAAUCGAGGGGGACAUUGCCAUUGACGAUAUCACGCUAGAGGAAGGGGAGUGUCGAGAUCCACCGCCCAAUAUCAGUGCCAAUGCUCUGUCCACAUCCUCCCAUAUAUGGCUGCUUUGCACCACCUUGGUGUUGACCCUCUUGGAAGGUCAAAGGUGACCCCUUUUCUCCGUCAUCUUGGAGGAGAAAGUUCAGACCCGCCGUCUGUGAGCUAUACCCUCAGCAUCAAGUCACCAAAGAUUCAUGCAUUCUGAAAGCAUCAGGGUCCCCGGAAGGACCGCAGACCAUGGGGGGAGGGCAGGGUGGAGCUUAUGAAAGAAAGACAAGACAAAAAGUAAUAAAGAACACAUGCUAAUUUUUCAUUUGAAGAGACUUCUUUUAUCUAAAACACUCCUCGAUGCAGGACUUGGGAUGAUUUUGUGAGCACAAGAAAGAGGAGUUCACACGUGUUGAGGGAAAUCAAGUUCGUGAAGCACAAGAAUCAUUUUGUGAAGAUGUGAGAAAAUUCUUGGAUGCCAGCAGAACAGACAGAUUGCUGACUUUUUUGAAUUUUGAACAACUUUUCCCUCCUUUCAAAUAGGUGGAAUCAGACAUUCAGUGUGUAUCUUUCUCUCCAUUUUCUCGCAGCAGAUGCCAAUCAUCAACAUUUAUUUUUUUUUCACUCUAGCCCAGCCUCACCCCACACUUUGGCAUGUCUUCAUCUGCUUGGUGCUGUUUUGUAGGAGAGUCUGGCAACAUUUAGUUCUGUCUGCUUAUCCCCCUGUAGCUGACCACAUAUCUGAUAACACUGUGCUCACGAGUCCAAGUGGCCAGCGGACAGUGUGGCGGCAGGCCAAAAAAAAAAAAAAUGGCAUAAAGAUCAGCAGAGUUGUACACAGCUGAGGUAAGUCUAAGCUUAGGGAGUUAAAUGAAAUAAAAAAAAGGGAGAUCUAUUGAAAAGAGGAGUUUGGGAAAGAGGAAACAGGCAGAGAGUAGGGAGAGAGAGAGAGAGAGAUCCGUUUAGUGGUCUGCCUGUGGAAAAGAAGCCACUUUACUUUCUGCCAUGAAACAAAAGUGCCUUCAGAUUACAAACCGAAUCGUGAGCCUGAGUGUUAAUCAACAUUGAACAAGUCUCUGUUCAUGUUUCUUUUGAUGGGCUAUUUUCUAUCGUUUCUUUCGCCCCCCCCCCCCACAAGUGCUGAAGGGAAGGCAACACGUGCUCAGAGGGAGUAGAGGUUGAGCUGCUCAGUGAUUAUAUUCCCCAUGGGACAGUUGCCUGUGACUCCAUGUGUGUGCGUGAUAUGCCUGAGCUGUUGCAUUUUCUAAUGCGAAGGGCAACCAACCGAGCGGAGCCGGCGCCCUCCCUUACCACACGUUCGGAAGCAAUGUGGAUAAAAACGAAAAAAAUCGAGGCUGAGGAUCUUUUUCUUUUGUUUUUUUUUUCCUUCUUUGUUUUAUAGAAGACUAUUCAAGAUCAAGCAAGUGGACAUCUCAAGGAAUGAACACCCAACUCUCUUCUCAUAAUUCUCCUUCCCUGUGGGCGAGUAUUUUUUAACAAAACAAAAGAGCAACUGCUGAAUAAAACAUUGAGUACAAGGAGGAAAGCAAAAACUUUGGGACCGCAGGCUCUUUGUUAGGGCGAUGCGUCUCGCCCGGCUCCACCACCAUUUCUAUGGAACAAUACGAAAAUGAAAAAAAAAAGGGAUAGUGACCAUAAUAAUAGUCAAGAUAUUUUAUUACUCCAGCGAGAAUGUUUCUCUGCUUUUACACAAACUGUGAAGAUUGACUGUGGAAGAUCUACCUGAGACCAUAACCUUAACCAGCGGGGUUUUUCAAAAAAAAUGUAUUAUAAAAAAAAAAAGAAAACAAGAAUAUCAAAAGUUCUGUUCAUUGUUGGUUAUGACAAAUGUUUUGAGGACUUGUGUCUUGUUUCUUUUGUUCUUUCCUUCUUUUUUUUUUUUGAAGAUGACUUUAACUUCCUUUUUCUUCUUGUUGUCUCCCUUUGCAUUGCUGAAAUAUCAAAGCCGAUGGAAGCAUAAGAAGUAAACCAAUUUGGUAUAUGUAUAACUUGUAAAUGUUAAAGAAGUUCUAUUCAAAGGUUUAUAGUAAAUGUUUUAUGUUGGAGUAAAGGAAGCACAACAUACAGUUUAAGGUCUCAACAAUAUAAUAUUCCUUUAUAUUUCUCAUCACACGCGGGUCCUACUCUCACGGAUUCAGGCUUUUCAACACUCAAGUCCGUGUUUGACAGGAAAUUUUGUUCAUUUUGUACUCGUGUAGUUCAUAUUUAUAACGCAGCCACCGCAGUCGGGAGCAGAAAUGAAAUUUCCAUUAAUGCGGCUGUGGUUCGACAUAUGUAGCCUCUUCAGUAAAAGCCUGGAUUAGUCUGAGUAGGGUGUGUCUGUGUAUGGGCAUAAAGCUGUGUACAAUAGUUGUUAUAAGAAACUGAAAUAUGUAAAGAAGAUAAAUAUGCUAUAAGCAAAACAGAGCAGGAUGACAAGCAUUUCAGGGCAUCCAUACAAUAAUGUUUUGGUCUGUAUGAUAUUAUCAGAGAAAUAUGUUUAUCAAAGAUUUUAUCCAUAAAUUUGUGUUUUGUUUGUUUUGUAUCAUUUUUUUUAUCAUAUUCAUUUCACAUUUCAGAUCACACUGAAUGUAUAUGAAGUUCUUGGGCGUUUUUUAACCUUACACUCUGACUAGAUGUAAUGUUUUACUAAAUCCCAUGAUUUUUUUCUGUGUGCUUUUGAUGAUGCAGACGUUCAGCCUUUUCUAGUUUAUUUGACACGCAUAAAAGGUAAAAGAUAUGUUUGAUGCAGACUUUGAAGCCGUUUCCAAAACUACAAGCUCAGAUAAGAUAACCAUUUGCUCGCUGCUGUAUCCCUCCGUGGUAUGGUAGAUAACAAAAAGUGCCAAAGUACCCGUACAGCCACUGUUGUUGGUAUAUCUAUGAGUUUAUUAAAAUAUUUGCUUUGAUACCCCUAGACAGAAAAUCAAAUCGGCACAUAAUAGCCAAAAAAGCCCCUAAAUACAUGAAUGCUUCAGCGUUUAAAUAAAAAAAAUUACUUUAGGUAGGGAUGUUUUGAAUGAAUAAUUUUCACAUUUUGGGAAACUGUUUUCUAGUGGUACCGACAUGUAUCAUGCUACAGUAAGAAGAAGGAGCCACCUAGCAUAGCCUGUGACUGAAAACAAGAAAAUACAGCUGGGGUUUGUCCAACAUUCACAAAAUCUGCCAGCCAAUUCCUCCAAAACAUUAAACAAUGCAUUAUAUCUUGUCUGUUUAUUCCUUAAUAAAAUAAACUGUUUCAAUUCUGA